AGAAUGUUGUUGACGUUGUAUUGUUGUUGAUUCUAUGAUCUAUUUGCAAAAAAAUCAGAAAAUAAAAACAAAUUAGUCUUAAAUCAUUUAUCCUAAACAUUGCAAAUAUAACAGUUCAAAUUACAUGGAUACCUUUGGUGUUGGUGUGGAAUUUAAAAGAUAACAAGUUUUAGGGCUCCUAUAAACUUUGUGACUAAUUCGCUGAAAUAAAUAUUUUAUCACAUAAUGUCGGCCUUAGUAACCGCAGAUUGGUUUCAGCUAGACUCCUAUUACAGGAAAUUUGAUCUCUACGAUAUGGUAUGGGCGCUGGAUGAAGGGCUAGAAAACAUGGUGGUCAGUGGAGCCCCAUUUGGAGGGCCUAUAGCCAUGGUUCGUGACAGGAAGCAGUUUGUCCGUAUUGUAACUACUGCAAAACCAGUCAUAACCAUCUACAACUGUGUUGGAACUGUGAUUUCUAAGAUUCUGUGGAACAGUGGGAAUCUUGUGCAUAUGGGCUGGUCUGACAGCGAGCAGUUACUAUGUGUGCAGGAGAGUGGGGAUGUCCUCAUAUACGACAUGUUUGGAGCCUACCAAAAAGCAUUCAAUUUGGGUCAGGAAGUUAGAGACACAAAGGUAGCCAAAGCGCAGCUUUUCACAAAAGCGCACGUUGGCCUGGCGGUUAUGACUACAACUAACAGAAUGUUUGUUGUCAACAAUGUAGCCGACCCCAAAGUCAGAUCUCUUCCAGAUAUUCCAAGAGCGAGUGAGCCAAUCACGUGCUGGUGCGUGCUGAGCACGUACGUGCGCACGUCCGCCGCCAUCAGCUUCCUCGUGUGUCGCAACAAGGAAAUAUUCCGCUGCCAGCUGGGAGAGACUAGGGCUACACUAUUGAGCCCGGAGAUCUCGAGCCCGUACACGCAGGUGCUGAGCAUAGUGCCGUCGCAGAACGGCCGCCACGUGGCGCUGUUCACGGACUCCGGCUGGCUGUGGCUCGGCUCCUCCGACCUCCGGAACAAGUACUGCGAGAUCGACUCCGGCCACAUCAAGCAGCCCAAGGAAUUGGUUUGGUGUGGGUCGCAAGCGAUAGUGGGCCACUGGGACGACAUAAUGGUUAUCUACGGUUUCAACGGCACCCAGGUGCCCUACCCCUACGACGGCCCCUUCCACCUCAUCCCCGAGAUGGACUGCGUGAGAGUGGUGUCGGAGAUGACCCACGAGUUGAUACAGAAAGUGCCGCCCGAAGCUGAGAAAAUAUUCAGUAUUAAGAGUACUGCGCCCGGCGCGUAUUUGGUCGAAGCUUCUAAACAGUUUCAGAAACGCAGCCACAAAGCAGACGAGUACAUCAAACUGGUCAAACCGAAUCUGGCAAACGCCGUCCAAAACUGUAUCGAUGUGGCCGCGUACGAGUUCAACCCCGACAUUCAGAAAAUGCUGAUCCGCGCCGCGCAGUUCGGCAAAGGCUUCAUAGUGGACCCCGUGCUCACGGAGCACUACGUCACCGCCUGCCGCUGGCUGCGCGUGCUCAACGCUGUCAGAGACCCCAAGGUCGCGAUUCCCUUGACAUAUAAGCAAGUGGAGCACCUGAAGGAGCGCGUGCUGCUGGACCGGCUGAUCUGGCGGCGCCUGCACUGCCUGGCAGGACACGUCGCCGCCUGCCUGCAGAUGAGGCAGGCCCGCACGCGCGUGCUGUCUCACUGGGCUAGCUACAAGGUGACCCAACCGCACGUGGACAACGAAAGCGCCGCCCGAGAAAUAGGCGAGAAACUGAGGAACGUGCCCGGGAUAUCGUACGCGAACAUCGCCAUGAAGGCCGCAGAGAAAGGCAGGAAAGCGCUGGCUAUUAAAAUCUUGGAAUACGAAACGCGCAGUAAGCUACAAGUGCCUCUUCUAUUACAACUGGGCGAAGGUCCGACUGCCCUUUUAAAGGCUACAGCCAGUGGCGAUACUGAUCUCGUGUAUAUAGUGCUGCUGCAUCUCAAGGAGAAAAUGGGCAAGCACGAGUUUGAGCUGACAAUCCGAAGUUUCCCUCUCGCUCACGCGCUCUACAUCAAGUACUGCGCGAGUCACAACCGCGAAGCCCUGCGCAAGGUGUAUGUACAAGAAGACGAUUUCCAAGGGCAAGCGGCGACCCACAUACGGGACGCGAUAGAACAGACUAACCCGGGCAGCGUUGAGGCUUCGCUCAUUUCCGCCAGGGAUUGCUAUAAGAAGGGGAAAAACGACUUCGGUGCGUCAAUAUGUGAGGACACCCGCAAGCUCUGCAAACAGCAGUCCAGCCUGCAGGAAACCUACGGCCAGAGCUUUGUCGGUCUGUCUGUGCACGACACUGUACAAAAACUCCUGAACCAGGGCGAAGUCAAGUUGGCUGACAAACUGCGCUUGGAGUACAAAAUGCCUGAUAAGAGAUACUGGUGGCUGCGCAUACUAAUGUUAGCGGAGAAAAACGACUGGGACGAAUUGGAUCGGUUUUCAAAGUCAAAGAAGUCGCCGAUAGGGUACGAGCCGUUCGUGGACGCGUGCCUCAAGUACUUGAAGAAUGAUGAGGCACUCAAGUACCUGCCCAGGUGUAGAGAUGACAUUAAAGUCAAAUAUUACGUCAAAGCUGGAUUCUACGAAGACGCGGCGCAAGUGGCGUACGAGCAAAAGGAUAGAAAUGCACUCGUGUUCGUUCAAAGUAAAUGUCCUCUAAAAGAAACUAUCAAACACGAGAAAAUAGCCUUUUUGCUAGAACAGUUACCAUUGAGAAAGUAACCGAAUGGAGUAGGAAUACGUUUGUAUAUUUUUAUAUGCUAGUCGUCUCAAAUUUUAUUUGCAUACCGCGAUGUAAAUGCUACCUUCAUACGGAAAAAACUUUUUUUUUUUUUCAAAAUUGAAGAAACAAGAAAUAGGUACUUGUUUUCUUGAUUCUUAUAAACAAUUGUUGUUCAACUCAUUUUGGAAAAAAAUUGUCAACUCUUCCGUGUGACGGCAAUAUAGCGUUAUGAUAUACAAUACACAUGCUGUAUAGGUAAAUUGCUAUUACUUUUAAGAAUGUACUGAGUCAAAUGUAGAUAAAAAAAUGUAUUCCUAAUUAUUCAGUAAUUUAGUUAAUUUAUACCUAAGGAACCAAUGGACUGUAUGUAGCAAUCCACUUAUUAUUUUAUUAUCAGCAAUAAAAGGCAAAAUUUAA